AGUCUGAAUAAUGCACGUCGUAAGUGCCGAUUCAUGGAUUAAUGCCAGGGUAUAAAAUAGAAAAAUUGAUCUGAAAAUUGAUUAAGCAGCAAUUACUAACCCAAGAAUCAAGGAAACUAACUAAUAGAUGCUGCACAAUUCACUGGCGACAACACCACUACUGCAGACGCAACGACGGAAAAUAGAAUUCAUAUCCGGGAUCUCAGCAGGGUUUGCAACUACCAUGCUAACCCACCCCUUGGAUGUGAUCAAGAUUCGACUUCAACUCCUUCCAUCGUCAUCUCAUGCAUCAUCGCAAACAAACAAAAAGUUUAGCUCGUUAUACCAUGUGAUUUCAAAGAUUAACCAUGAUGCUAUUAGCUCAGGCAGAAGCAAAGGCAUAGCAUAUUUGAACCAGUACUAUCGUGGGAUCACCCCUAAUUUGGUUGGAAAUGUAUCAGCCUGGGGGAUUUACUUUUUACUAUAUGCGGAAUUUAAACGAGUAAUACCUGGAGAUGGCAGUUUCCAUUUCUUCUCUAGUUCGGCUUGUGCGGGAUUGUCUACAUCGUUGAUUACGAAUCCAUUAUGGGUAUUGAAAACUAGAAUAUUGGGUAGUUCAAGAAAAGAAGGCUAUCAAGGAUUAGUGGAUGGUGUACGAAAAAUGGUAACGCAAGAAGGGUUCCGAAGUUUUUAUAAGGGAACCAUACCGAGCUUAUUUCAAGUGUUUCAGGCAAGUUUACAGUUUACAUUCUAUGAUAAUUUAAAGGUAAUGGUCAUGGCUUCCAAGAAUCAGGCAUCAUCUCCCACUUCAUCUAAUAACCAUCAGUUGACCACAGUAGAAUUUAUAUAUACCAGUGCCUUGGCAAAAGUAAUGAGCACGAUAAUAAUGUAUCCUACGCAAGUGGUAAGAGCCCGAUUACAGAAUAACAAGCAGAAGGGAACCAUUACUCAAGUAGUGAGAGAAUUAUGGGGCGAUGGGGUUCGUGGGUUUUAUAGAGGAUUGAGUGCAACUUUAUUCCGGGUGGUUCCCGCUACCUGUAUCACAUUUGUGGUUUAUGAAAGUGUAAAGGCAAAGUUACUGAAAAGGUCGACGGAGCAAUAGCGAAUGGCACUUACCUUUUAGUGUGCUGACCAAGGGUGUAUGUAUAUAGAGAUCUUAUAGAAGUUUAAAAACGACGCGU